GAAUUGAGCUUCUGGUUUUUGUGGUAAAAUGGGCUUGUUAUGGCUUCACCAAUUUAACGCCCUCCUCUGGAAAAAUUUCUUACUAAAGAUCCGGAAUAAAGGUUCUUUAAUAUGUGAAAUCUUGUUGAUAGUCUUGCUUGCCUCGGUUGUUGUAUGGAAUCGCAAAGAUAUCAAAAGGGAAUUUCGGGAUGCUGUUGUUUACCCAGCUCUUCCCUUAACUGACUUGGACUUGUCUUCUUUCAUUCUUCAUUUGAGCUCUGCUUAUGAAUUGGUAUAUGUACCUUCUGAAAGUGAUGCAGCAAAACGUAUCGCUGAGACGGUGAAAACCAAUUUAAAUGUUACGAUCGCAGUUCGGGGUAUUUCUACAGAAUCAAAAUUUGAGGAGUACCUGAAGGCUGGAAAUAAGUCUGCUUAUGUUUUCGCUGCUAUUGUAUUUGAUUAUAACUUCAAAAGUAGCAAUGAAAAGCUGCCACUUCAGGUAAAAUAUCAUCUGCGUUUUGGUGGCUAUAAGAAGGAGGCUCGUUCAAGCCCACUGUAUACCUCCUCAGAAAAUGGCAAAUGGUACACAGAUCAGCUCUUUCCAGUGGUACCUUCUGAAAGACCCAGGAACCAGUUAGACAACGAUGGGGGAGAUCCUGGGUACUACACAAAAGGAUUCUUGAUUCUGCAACAUGCUGUAGAUAAGGCCAUCAUGGAAUAUCACAAUGAACCAAAAACCACAGAGGUGUUUGAAUAUACCAGUAUUUUCACUAGGAGGAUGUCAUACCCUGCCUAUAUUGAAGAUGAUUUUUUAAAACUGUCAGUUAACUUCAUACCUACGGUAGUUGUAGUUAUAUUUUCUAUAACUCUGUUUAGCCUCAUCAGGACCAUUGUAUUGGAGAAGGAAACCAGGUUAAAGGAGUACCAGCUGAUGAUAGGACUCAGUAAAUCUAUGCUCUGGGCAUCCUAUUUCUUCACGUAUUUUGUAAUGCUUCUAAUUGUCAUUGGUUUGCUGUACCUAUUUUUCUUUGCGGAGCUUACACAUACGGAAGUCUUACAGCAUAGUGAUCCAUCUCUCUUCUUGGUAUUUCUCAUGUGUUAUGCCAUAUCUUUGUUAUCCUUUGGCUUUCUGCUAUCCACAUUCUUCAAUAAAACGACAGUUGCUGCUACUGUUGGAGGUUUUGUGUAUUUCAUUGUCUUUUGUCCAUAUGAAAUUUUCAACUCCCUGUAUCUGUAUCUCAGUCUUGUGGAGAAGCUGCUGUUCUGUCUCAGUGCAAAUGUUGCAUUAGCGGUGGGCGUGGGCUAUAUAAUGAAGAUGGAAUUGAAGGGAUAUGGUGCUAAAUGGGAGAACUUCUUGUCACCUGUGAACCCAGAAGAUAACCUCAAUUUAGCUCAUUUAAUGGGGAUGUUUUUAUUUGAUGCUUUAUUACUAGGACUUAUUGCAUGUUAUAUCGAUACCGUCUUUCCAGGGAAGUAUGGUGUGCCCCAGCCGUGGUAUUUCUUUUUGCAGAGCUCCUACUGGUGUGGGAAACGAGAAAACUCAGAGAAAGAAAGUAGAGAGAUCAGUGAAAUCAAUAAUGAAUAUUUUGAAGAGGAGCCUACGGAUUUGGUGGCUGCUAUUAGUAUCCAGCAGUUACAUAAGGAAUUUGAGAUACAGAAUACUAAGGUAGUAGCAAUACAGAACUUGUCUUUGAACUUAUAUGAGGGGCAAAUCACUGUUCUUCUAGGACCUAAUGGGGCAGGAAAGACUACCACCUUAUGUAUUCUCACAGGUUUAUAUCUGCCGACCAGGGGAAAGGUGUUUAUUAGAGACUAUGAUAUCUCAAAACACAUGGUUAAAAUAAGGAAAGAUAUGGGCUUGUGCCCCCAGGAGGACAUACUGUUUUCAGAACUGACAGUAUCAGAACAUCUCUCUUUUUAUUCUAAGCUAAAAGGAGUACCUCCAAAGGUACAGAAGGAAGACAUUCGGAAUAUGUUGAAGUCUUUUGACAUGGAAGAUAAAAAAGAUUCAUUUGCAAAGUCACUGAGUGGAGGGAUGAAGCGCAAACUCUCUAUCAUGAUAGCCCUUAUAGGGGCCUCCAAGGUGGUGAUACUUGAUGAGCCAACAUCUGGCAUGGACCCAGUCUCUCGGAGGGCCACCUGGGAUCUCCUUCAACAUUAUAAGCGUGAUCGCGCCAUCUUACUGACCACCCACUAUAUGGAUGAAGCUGAUGUCCUGGGGGACCGCAUUGCCAUCAUGGUCAAAGGAACUUUGCGGUGCUGUGGCUCUUCACUUUUCCUGAAAAAAGUAUAUGGUGUGGGAUACCACUUAAUUAUGGUGAAGGAUGACCAAUGUGAUGUGACAGAAAUCUCAGCCCUCAUUUAUCAUCAUGUGCCAACAGCCAAACUGGAGAAUGAUGUUGCAGCUGAAUUAUCAUUUGUUCUGCCAAAAGAAUACACACACAGGUUUAAAGACCUAUUUACAGAACUGGAAGACAGACAGACAGAUCUGGGCAUUGCUAGCUUUGGUGUCUCCAUCACUACCAUGGAAGAAGUUUUUUUUAGGGUCAGUGACAUGGCAGACAUGGGUAAUUCAGCUCUCAGGAACAAAAAUGCAAACGCAAAGAACUGGAAUGUGAAUGCACAAGCCACUCCUUUAGCCUCCUUCAGUGGCCAAGCUGAUACUGCACUUAAUACUGGGUUGGAUCUUCACUGCCAGCAGUUCUACGCCAUGUUCUUGAAGAGGCUGCUGUUCUCUUUGCGCAACUGGAAGCUGUUGAUAUUGCAGAUACUGGCACUUCUGGGAUUCGUUCUUCUAUUCAUGCAAGGCCUGAGGGUUUCUUCAAAGAAGGAUGAAUCUGCCAGGGAGAUGGAUUUGGAACAGUAUGGUGAAACCACUGUGCCUUACUUCAUUUCUGGAAGUUCUGCAGUUGCACAGUCUUUAAGAGAUAAUCUCAAUGCUUUUCUAAAAGCUAAGAAACAAGUACCAGUGGAGGUGCAAGGUAACAUGGAGAUAUUCUUAAGAAGCAACAAAACAUGCAUUCGCUCGUGCAUUAUUGCACUUUCCUUCGACUUUUCUCAAGCUAUAAGAAUAGUUACGUUUUGGUUCAACAACGAGGCAUACCAUUCACCGUCACUAUCUCUGUCGGUAUUAGACAAUAUUAUUUUCAAGACAAUCUCUGGCCCUAAUGCUGCCAUUAUGGUCUCCAACAAACCUCUGCCUUCCUUCUCUACUUACAAACCUAAGAAAUUACGAGUGUCUGGAUUUGCAGUUGCCUUUAAUUUGUUUUUUGGCCUAAGUGUUUUUGUGAGUGGCUUUUGUCUCCUGACGGUGAAUGAGAGAGUUAGCAAGGCAAAGCACCUUCAGUUUGUGAGUGGUGUUUAUGUCACUAAUUUCUGGAUCUCUGCUCUGUUGUGGGACUUCAUCAUCUACUUGAUUUCCUGCUGCUUACUGCUGUUACUAUUCCUGGUCAUUGGAUUGGAUUUAUUGCUUAAGAGCGAUAGCAUUAUGGGCACACUGGUCAUCUUCUUGCUGUUUGGCUGGUCUGUUAUUCCCUUCAUUUACCUGCUGAGUUUCCUGUUUUCUAGUAAUGCUAGCGCCUAUAUGAAGACUGUCAUAAUACACUAUUUUGUAGGAUUCAUCGGUAUAUUAAUGGAUCUCAUAAUACACUACAAAGAGAAGCCAGAUGAAAAUAAGUCAUUUCUUGACCAUAUCUUUCUUUAUACAUUGAUGGUGUUUCCUAUGCAUAACUUUGGGAUGAGCAUCAGCAAGUACUAUGAUAUCCAGGAAUUGAAGGAACUGUGCCAUUUAUUUCAUUUUCCUGUUUAUUUAAAUUGUACUAAAGAAUAUAUUGAACGUAAUGUAUAUACUUUGAAAGAAGAUACAAUUGGAAGAUACUUACUUGCAAUGGGUAUCACAGGACUCUCUUUUUUUAUAAUGAUUUUUCUUCUGGAGACUGUAGCAAAGAAACUGACUUUCUUUGUGUAUAGCACUAUUUUGUUUGGUUUGUAUAAAAGAAUGUAUAAGGAAAAAGUGGAAGUGGAAUUAUCUGGGGAAGCUGAAGAUGAAGAUGUAGAAAAUGAAAGGAAGAGGGUAUUAUCAAACCCACUGGAGUCACUAAAUUCUACAGUGGUCAUUAAGGAACUCAUAAAGAUAUACUUUACAUAUCCAGCUGUUCUGGCUGUGAAAAAUAUCUGUCUUGCAAUUCAAAGGAAAGAAUGUUUUGGGUUACUUGGAUUAAAUGGAGCUGGAAAAUCUACGACUUUCCAGAUAUUGACUGGAGAGGAGAUUGCCACCUCUGGGGAUGUGUUCAUUGAUAACAUUAGCAUCACCAGAAGUGUGGGACAGAUAAUGGCAAAAAUUGGCUAUUGUCCACAGUUUGAUGCCGUGCUGAACUACAUGACUGGUCGGGAAAUAAUGACCAUGUAUUCCAGGUUAUGGGGUAUUCCUGAGAGACAGAUUCAAAGUUAUGUAAAUAACUGGGUGAAAUCAUUGAAUCUGGAACCUCAUGCUGACAAAUAUAUCUACAGUUACAGUGGAGGAAACAAACGUAAAAUAAGUACUGCAAUUGCUUUAAUGGGAAAUCCCUCAGUUGUCUUGUUGGAUGAGCCAUCAACAGGCAUGGACCCAGUAGCUCGGCGCCAUCUCUGGAAUGUGGUGUCACGGACACGCGAAAGUGGCAAAGCCGUUGUUGUAACAUCUCAUAGUAUGGAAGAAUGUGAUGCCCUUUGUACCAGGCUGGCCAUCAUGGUGAGGGGAAAAUUUGUGUGCUUAGGCAGCCCUCAGCAUCUCAAGAACAAGUUUGGCAAUAUUUAUAUCCUGAAGGCCAAGGCCAAGAGUGAUACAGAAAAGAUGCAAUUAGACAAGUUUAAAGAAUUUAUUGAAACAACUUUCCCAGGUAGUGAACUAAAGAGUGAGAAUCAAGGAAUCCUUAACUACUAUAUUCCCAGCAAGGAGAUUAGCUGGGGAAAGGUGUUUGGCAUUUUGGAGGAAUCAAAAGAGAAGUACAAUUUAGAAGACUACUCUGUCAGCCAAAUAACACUGGAACAAGUCUUCCUGACCUUUGCUACUCAAGAAGAAUCGAAGCUUCUUUUUUCCUAGAAGAAUGAGUUUGUCAUGUUUCAACAAAUUUAUGGUUCUCCUCUGGAAAAAUUUUUUGUUAAAG